GCUCCGACCGCCUCAGAGCACCAGAAACCUUGUCUGCUGUGAUCAUUAACCUUUCUGGAAAACGCAGCUAGCUCUGCUCUGAGGUCUGUCUUUAGAAUGUGAGGAGAGCCACACAGAUACCGCACAGACUCUUCAAAGAGGGGGGUUACCUUGUGAGCUUUCGCUCCACUGUAGAGUGGCAGAAAAAUGAGAUUUCACCGGUUCUUUCUUCUAUUUGUUAUUUUUAUGAUGAGUCUUCUACUUAUCCACGGACAAAGACAAGCUAAUUUGGCAAUGAGAAGAAAAUUGCACAGACACAACUGCCUUCAGAGGAGAUGCAUGCCUCUCCAUUCCCGAGUGCCCUUCCCCUGAGUAUAGAUCUUCUCUAUGUAACUUCACUGAGUCUGUCAGAAGAAGACUGAAGGAAAAGAUACCCACCCACAUGAUACUGUGAUUGUUUGGAAGUUCCUGUAUGGAAAGGAGUUGUUUGAAAGCACCUGGCAUAGUUUAUUAGUUUCACCUGGAUUCUCUUCUGCCUGGUUCUCCUGUAGGGAGAAAAUAGCAAAUUCAAAUGCAAUUCCAGUCUGAAGUAUAAUUACUUGCUUGCAUAGAAAAUUUUUUUUGUCUUUUUCUGCACAUUGUUAUUCUUACUUGGUUUAAGAAGAAAAACCAUUUGAUGUUUUAGAACUUUAUAAUAGUAAAAUAUACACAAGUUUAAAAUUGUUCUUUCCUAUUCUCAUAAUUUUCCAAAGGUAUUAAAAUUACUUUGUAUAUGUAUGAAUGUGUUUUUUUUUAAAUCCUAAAUUUGAGAUCAAUUGCAUUGACUAUCUGGUUUUGCAGAAUAAGGAGAAAAUAAUUAGUUCAUUAUUUAUAUAGAAACACUAAGAAAUAAACUGUUAAUUGCUGCCAGUUUUAUAUAAUAGGCUUUAAUGUUUAUGAAUGUAUUUUUUUACUUUGAAUAUAAUAUCCAUUUAAACUUGUAAAACAAAGUCUAAAAUAUUAAUUGUAAUUCAUUUCUUAAUACAACCAAAGUGUUCAUUUCUGAACCUGUUCUUCAACAUGUCAUCAUAAGAAGCCCGUGUUUGAUUUCUUUUGAAAUUAUGUUUAAUGCCCUUUUUCUUCAUUUGUAUAGAUAGCUUCUUAGAAAGGCCAACUUAGAUGUAACAUUUAAAAUACACUUAUGCCAGUGAAGUCUCAAGCAGAGCAGUGCACAUCACUCUGCUGGGCUUUAUAUUGGUAUUAUUCAACUUGUAGUGGUGAGACAUGUAAAUAAAAUAUCAGAAGGAAUUCAAUAAUAUGAUAUCCCAAGAAAGGCACUAUCCUAGGUCUGAAUUGUAUUGAUAAUUAGUUGUUCUCAAGUUGUUAAGUAUGCUUUUAAUUUGUAUUUAUUCAAAGACUGUUAGCUCAAUGACAUAUUUUACAAUAAGUUAAUUCCAGGUAUGAAGCUUAUCUAUUCAUGUCUUGACUAUAAAUUUUACUUUGUAAACAUUCUAGAAUGGGAGAAUCCAUUAACCCUUAACUCCUAUUUUUCCAAAAUAGAAGAUUGGAAUUUAUAUAUGAAGAUUUUGAAAUAGAAAUUCUGAUAUGAAAAUCUGUCUCCCUUUCAUAUCUUAUUCAUAGUGUUUUAGGUGAUAUUACUGUUAUGAAAUUUACACACAAAAGAUUUUUUAUGAAAUGUGUUAUUUCAUUAUUUAAAUUGUAUAUUUGGGGGAAACUCUAAAUGAUUUUCCAAUGAAUUAUAAUUCCUUCACACAAGUUCAUUUAAGUAGAAACAUAAGCUAUUAACCAUGAUAUUUAUGUUUAAAACAUAAUGUAUUUGUUUAUGUAAUUUGCACACAAAAAAAGAUUCAUACAGUUCAGAUAUAUAUCAUGGAAUAUAAGCCACACUUCUGCAAGUACAAAUUCUCACAUUCACAGAAAAAGUUGAAAACCAGCCAUAAUUAAAUGGUUAUAGAUUUCUACAUACACAACUUCAGUAAUUGUUUAAUAAAACACUCAGUGAUUUGAGUGUCUAGUUGUCCUUACUUGUAUAAGUUCCAAGUGUUGAACAUAGCAUGGUAGAAAGGUUCUUGAUACUUGUCUCUUUUUCCAUUGUUCCUUUUCACUGGGACAUUUUUGACUGAUCAUACCCUGCCAAUGGAGAUCUUUUACUUAAUUCAAGAUUAUCAGAGGAAAGGCAAAGUUCCUCUCAAAAUUUAUAAAAACCUCAACUAGUGGUAUUUAUGUUGAAGGUGGCAUACUAGAACAAGUCCGUGGCAAUAGAGCCAUAUAUUUUAAUUCUUUACUGGCAAGAUGAAGGGGGAACCAUAGGAGUGUCAAAUACAUGUACUUUAAAUUCUA